UGCCGGGGCCGGGCAGUAUAAGUAAGUCUGUGGUACUUCAGAGUUAUUGCUAGCAGACUGUAGUGCCAGUUGGACAACUUGUAUGUGUCCGUGCAGUCGUGUGUAACUUUCUGGCCGUUAACGGGAGCUCUGGUUGUCGUGGUUGGUGUGAUGGAAUUGGACAAGAUGGACGAGAACGAGUGGAGGUAUCACGGCGAGGGGAACAAGAGCCUGGUGGUCUCACACGUACAGCUUUCCAUAGUUCUCCGCCUGCUCAAGUAUCCGGCCGAGGACUCAGAAAACCCACCACAGACGGUGGAGCAGGCCUUCAGGCAGGUGCAGAACAUUGUUGACUUCAGCUCCAACGUGAUGAGCUGCCUGCUGGGAGAGAAGUUCGUCCACAGCGGGGAAGUGGUCAAACUGCCACUAGAGUUUGUUCGACAGCUGUCAAUCAAAGUUCAACAUCAAAGACCAGCGUGGCGCUGUGAUAAGGUGAUGGACAUCUACAGCGGCUGUGCCCUCUGUCUGCCCAACCUGACCUCUCCAACCCUCCACCAGCCAACACACACUCCUACACUCUGCAUCGAGAUCAAGCCUAAAUGUGGUUUCCUGCCGUACUCCAAACAUGUCAGCCAAGAUAUCAAGACCAAAGUGUGCCGCUUCUGCAUGCACCAACACUACAAGGUGGCCAUGGGGACGUGGAAGAGACGCAGUCGGUACUGUCCUCUAGAUCUGUUCUCAGGGAACAGACAGAGAAUGCACUUUGCCAUCAGACAGCUGAUAGACGAGCCUCAGAACAACUUGAAAAUCUUCAAGGGGGGUCGGUGUAUAUUCAGCAGUAUGGACGGCAUUGAAGACUCGAUGGACCUGAACUCUCUGCUGCAUCAUCUCAGACCGUACUUCCAGUACGGAAACAACCGAAUCAACAGUCACAUGACCAGCAAAGCUCUCCUGACCGACUUCAUCCAGGUCGUGGUGAACGCCCUGCUGAGUGCUGGAGGAGGAGAUGGAGGCGUGGGGACGGACAGACGAGGAGAAGGACGGAGCUUCUGUGAAGCGAGUCUGUUCAACAAGGAGAGGAGUCGCCACGGCUCUCAGGGUUCACCCAGCGACAGUGUUUUGUACAGAGUUCGUCAGACGCAGAUGUUGGACACUUUGGACAUCGAAGGUCUUUACCCUCUGUACCGCCGCGUGGAGCAGCACCUGCAGGACUUCCCCAAGGAGAGAACUCGUCUUCAGAUGGACGGGCCGUACAACGAGGCCUUCCUGGAGAAGCUGCAUAAAUGUCCCAGUGAGGACGACGGCUCUCUGGAGUACGCCGUCUCCAAGGUUCAUCAGUACCGAGUUGCCAUGACAGCCAAGGACAGCCAAAUCAUGGUUGCCCUGGUGCCCAGCUGUGAGGAAGAAGAGGACGAUGAAGGUCUCCCCGGUCAGAGGCAGCACAGGGACUUCCUCUCCUCCAGACCUCCCGCCUUCUCUUACUCCGUCUCCAUCUUGGAUCUGGACCCCAAGCCGUUCGACAACAUCCCCCGCCAGCUGCGCCUGGACCAGAAUAUCGUCUCCUGCUACCUGAGGAGUAGCUGUGCCUUGCCAAAGGGCGCUCUGCCCUUGCACUCUGGCAUCUUCACUGCUGCAGAGAGGGAGGACUGCACGCUGCUCUUCCACCCCGUGUGAACACCCGAUAAAAGACAGACGACCCUGAAGACUAACUGACACUGCUGCUUCACACGGAGACGCCAUGUUGAUGCAGAGGUCUGAAAUCACUUUAGACCACGGCUGUUAAUCUGGAAAACUUUACUGCAACACUUUCUGUUUACUCAGCUCAUGUUAAGCAACGUUGUAAUCUCCAGGAAGUCACCACUAACUCACCAAACAGUUUAAGCGACUUCCGGAUAUUUCUGUUACUGAUUCUGGAGUUUUUUUCUCCAGAAACGUCUGGAUCCUGUCGGGAGGGGAAUCUGAAAUGUCUCUGUUCUGUCAUGAUUCAUAUUUAUUAGAAAACUUACAGGGGGCUUCGUUUUUUUUCUCCCACUUUGGUGACGAAGGGUUCGGAUCAGCCUCCUGACAGGGCUUUUACAGUUGUCAUGAGAACAACAUGAUAGUUUACGUUCCCCAUGGCAACAUUCUGAGAGAGAGAAAGAAGAGGAGAGUUAAAACGAUGGAGAGCAAAUCAGGUAGUUGACGUACGUAUGAUGUCAUUUCCUGAAUGUAGGCGGGGCCUCUGGUCGAGGCAGAGCCAAUAUGAAUGUCCAGGUUGAACUGUAGCAUCACAAAGUGCUGCAGGGAUGUUUUUUAGGCCAACCCAGAAGUGAACCAUUGCAUGGUUCCCUCGUCAGAAGGCCAAUAGGAUGUUUCCAUUGGCUUUUAUAUUAUUGCACAAAAUAAGCUAUGUGGUUAAAAAUGUUAAGUUCAGCAGGAUAACCUUCACAAAUGUGCACCAAUUUAUGAAUUCUUAAAGAAAAAUGCAAUCGGCAGACGUUUGCAACAAAAGCCUUAACCCUUUGUGUGAUAAAUCUACAAGUACAAACACCAUCUCCAGUCCCAUUGAGCCACUUUUUAGCAACCGCCUUUUUUAAAUGUAUUAAUAGGACGGGUAAAAUCGCCAAUAUUCACCAGUGAAGUAUGAAUUUACACAUCCAAUGUUGAUGAACAAAAAGUGUAAAUCUCUUAAACUCUUAACCACAGACCUUAUUUUGGGCAUCAGACCUAAACAUAUUCAUCAAAUCCAUUGACUUUAAGAUGAGGGAACCAGCAACUCACUUCCUGGUUUUCAGAUUCAUUACUGUUGCUCCAUGGUAACAGAAGCACUGGUUACCAUGGCUACAGCCACAGGGGAAGCGGCUGAGAGGUUUCAGUCCUGCGCUGGACUCCAUAAAAGUUUUCAGUCCAACUCCUCUCUCCGACCCCUUUUCAUUGGAGAGGUGACGCGUUAACUGGCUGUAUUGAAAACCUUCAUGAAGCCGGUGGGAGGAGGAGCGUCGCCUCACCUCCAUGUUUGUUGUUUUCCUUUGACUCCUUUUGUUGGCGGCUAGCUAAUAUGUUCUUUAAUCACGCAUUUGUGCCGCAAUGUUUUGGGAGUUGAGUGUCAUUAAAGGGUCAGUUCACCCACAUGGAAUCACAACUUGGAUGAGAUCAGUUUUAGUUGUCCAGGAGAUUUCCCCCUUUACUGCAAAAGAAUGGAGAUUAUGAUUCUCACAGCUUUUUAUGAAUCACUUAAUCCGUGUCAUUGAUAAUCUUAGGGAUGAUACUGGAGACAGUUUUUACACACUAACAUGAUUAAUCCCAAGGAAAAUAGUUUGAAUAAAACUAGAACACAGUUUCGUUUUGUGGUGAAGGCCGAAAUCUUAAUCUCAUGUGAACCUGGACAAAUAACAGAACACUGCCUGGAGAGAAGAGACAACACUCUUUAGAAGGUACACCUGUACGAUAUCAGCCCGGUUAGUCUUUGAGGUUAAACUGCUGUAUUUUUCAUGAGAGCUGCAAUGAUGAGUUUGAUACAUCCAAAAUGCAGUAAGAGCCGAUCACAUGUGGUGGUUUUCUGGUUUAUAUUUAAGUGAAUAUAUUUCAAACUUUUCCCUGAAAAACAUGGCAUUUUAAGACAUCACCUUCACAUUGUAAGAAAGUUGGAUAUUUCUCACCAUUUUCUACCAGAUGAAUAGAUAAUGGUAACAAUCAUUAGCUGUAGUCUUUUGAGUGUACAUAUUGAAUUCAUUUGGGUAAACUGACCUCUGACCUCUGACCUCCCAGCUCUUGUACUGUUCUUCAAACGAAGAUGUUUGUGUCCAGCUGCCGUUUUGACUUUAAACCUCUUUUUGUGUUUGAGAAAAAGCACAUUAUGUUUUAACUCUUGUCUAACACUCCUGUGUUUAGUUACCUGGUGAAGUAGCUUUGCGAAGGUACGGUUGCAUUACACUUCUGUGCUGCUGAUAUUUCCAUCAUCUCUUAUUCACAAUUUGAGCAGAAAAUAUAACCACAAAUGUGCUAUUUGGGUGCAGAAACCGGUCAGAAUUCACCUUUUGACCUUUUGACCUGUGGGCCAAUCAGAAACACGGAUGUAAUGUGACCGUAUGCUUGCAGAGGACGGUAAAGCUGCUGGCUAACAGUUUCCUUCACGCUGCUGCUCUGCUGGGUUUUGUGCCAUAAGUGGCUUGUUGUGCGUUCGUCCAUGUGCCUAAAUGUUCUGGUAGGACUGGAGUGUGGUGUGUGGGGGGGGGGGGGGGGGGGAUGGGAUGGUGCGACUUUGUUACAGGUUGCGUCCACACACAGCGAAACAAAUCUGUUAGUUUGUUCACACUGACAUCAGAUCAGUUCUGCUGUGGACGCAGCCGUGGACUCUCAGUACCUCAAACUCCUGACGACCCGAAACCAAGCUCAACAGGGUCGUCUGAUGUUUGCAAAAUGAUGCGUUCAGGGGCGCUGGGAGGUUUCUGAGGGCAUGUUGAUGACUUCACGGGGAGAUGAGAUUUAAGCGGCUGAGUGCUGAUGUUUGUGUUCAGAUGAUCUCGGGUCUUUUGUCUCCUGGUGAUGUCACCGCCCUCUCCAACCAGCAGCGCUCGGGGAGGCUUGAAAAUAAACUGGUAACACUUGACUUCAGUUCCUAGUUACAGGGUCCAAGCUCCAACGCCUCCAUCAGCCAAUCACACAUCUGAAACAAAUCACACUUCAAGCCUGAAACUUCAGACGGAAGAAAAACACUCCUUUUAACAUCCCUGUGACAUGGAGCAGAAAUUCAGUUGAAUCCAGACACUAAAAGGGUUUAAAACAUGUCAUUCAGAGUUGCCUUCAACACUUCUUUUUCUAGAGGCUUUGAUUUUUAACCAAUCACAUAACCCCUUAUUGUUUAACUCCUCCGAUGGUUGUCGGAGGAGUUAAAGUUGGAGAGUGGACCGCAGUGAACUGAACCAACCACUGAUCGUUCCAACUGUUGAACUGAAGAUGCAACAGGCAGCAUGACGGGAACGCAGAGGCUCAUGGGAGUUAAGAGUGAAGAGGGCGGGAUGUUUCUCGAAAUGAAACUUGAUGCUAUUUGAAUUGGAUUCAUUUUGAAACUUCAAAUAUACAACCUUUAUGCCAAAGCAUCUGAUCACAACAGAUAAUUGUUAUGAUCUUGUCAGUGUGAUUGUGAGAAAAAGGAGCCACAGUUUGUGUCUCUUACCAGCCAACGACUAGAGUGUCCCCGUUAUCAGAUUGCCAACCAUUUUCAUAAUCGAUGAAUGCAAACAAAUCUAACUCAAAUAUAGAGUUCCUAUUUUAUAUCAUAUUAAACUGAUAUAUUAUUGCUUUGUGAAAAGAAGAAAAACAUCUUAGGUUUUGAGAAACGGGGACAGAAUAGUUGUUUAAAUCUGACGUUGACCAAACAAUCUAGAAAAUAAUGAGCAAAUAUGACUGACAGUUUGGGUAGGUCAGAAUUAUUUAGUUUGAUAUAUCAGAACUUUGAGAUAAAAGGUUUUUAAUUUGUGAACUGUAAUUUCAGUUUCCGUAGCAUAAAUAUAGACGUAUGAAUUUCAGCUACCAUAUUAGUGCGCUUGAGAAGCUUCAAAUCUCUUCUGUUAUUUUGGGUUUCUUCUGUCAGGAAUAACAACACCAAGAUACCAAACAGACACAAACUGGGGCUCGAGAGCGUAGAGCUGCUAUAUUGCAGAAUAUUUUCCUUAGAUUACGGAAGAGUUUUUGAUGCAGGUGAGCUGCUGUGUGAUUGGCCGGCUGCCUCCGCCUGCUGCCUGAGCGUCGCCUGCAGACUCAUCACCGCACUGUGAUACUUACAGACUUCUAAUAACUGCGUGUGUGUGUGUGUGUGUAAAUAGCUGAGAGAAGAAAAACUAUUUGAAGAUACAAAGGCACCACGGCUGUCUUGCAUUUUGUAUUUAAAUUAUUUAUUUUUGUAGAUUUUGACCAAUGAGCUUGGCUAUUACAACUGUCACAGUCGAGCUCUUUCUAUUGAAUAAAGAUUUCUAAGGGACUAAAA